GAGAGAAGCGAAGUCGGUACGCUAUCGUGUUCGGAUAAUGGAAUGCCACGUGGUGAAACCGUAUUGUCAAACUAAAACUAACGCAUUUAAAACUGGGUUCAAUGGGCCUUUUUUGAGGCCUUUUGUUGUAAAGCCCUAAAAAAUUGGACCGACAAAAUUAGUAUGGUUAGAUGGAGCUUCUUCUUUCUUUCUAACGAAACAAAAGCAGUUCAAGGAAAGAUAGAGACAGAAAGGUAAAGUGAGAGACUGUGGAAAGGAAGAGAUGGGUGGAGAAGGGCAGCUUUUGAAGAGAAUUCCACGCAUUAAAUUCCCAAAAAGACACUCAAAAUCAUCAUCCUCAGCUGAACAUGCAACAACAAAUAGGGCUGCUGCUCAUGGGAGGGUCAGUGCAAGCUCAGAUGUUCCAGCACCACCCAUCAACACUGCCGUGGGAGGGAAAGCUUCCCUUCAACCAAAACGCACCCCUGUCACCGAUAGGGAAAUAGAGGCAAUACUGUUGGGUGGAUGUAUAUGAUCUUUCGGCAGAGGAACAGGAUGAAAGGAACGUCAUGUCUUCUUUUUUUGUUAUUUUUUUCAAUUUCGUUGUGUGGAAAUCUUCAAGUUUUACUGUUUCUUUCCAGAUUUUGGACUGGAUAUGUAUCAAAAAGAAAAGCUUGUAACUUGGUCUUUGAUAUUGUAAGCAAGUACCUGGAAGUACAUUUUCAACCAAAAAAAUAAAUAAAUAACGGAGGUAUAUUUUCUAA